UAUAUUUAGCUUUAAAUGUUGAACAGUACUUGCUUUUUGAAGCUGACUGAAGAAAAAACUCAUGUCAGGUUAUUUUAGACCCACAUCCAGGCUUUGAUUUGGUCAUUUAAACUCCUGCAUUAAAUAUCCAGACUUCGUUUUGGAGUCAUUACGCUCCAAAACAAGAUGAGUUCUGGUGUCCCUCAAGGAUGAGUUCUCGGCUCCUGUUUUUCCCCUAAAUUUACAUUAAAUCAUGUAAUUCAUAACAAAAAUAUUUGGUAUAACUUCUACAGUUGGCUUUCGAUGACAGUGAAACCUAGAGAUGCUACUUUACAGCUUGUCUUUCUAAAAUCAAACACUAAGAAUUUCAGUAUUUGUGAUAGUUUUACGUAUUUAUUGUCAUUGACUUUGCGUGAAGUUUUGUUUUGUCUUUGUCCUGCAGCCUUGUCUUCUCUUCUAAGACAAAUUUCUCCCACAAGAGACAAAUAAAUAAUUUUUUUCUAUUUUAAAAGUCUUAUUUUGCACGUUUCAAGUGGAAAUGUUCAUAAACGAGACUGCAGAACAAUUGUUUAAUUUGUGAAAGUUUCAAUAAGAUGUUUAGUUUAAAACUCUUUUAGAAAGUUGUUGCAGAGAUUAAUUUAUCCAUUGCUUUUGCAACUUUGAAGUUUUAUUGAUUGAAAUCUGAGAUCUUUCUCUCUUUAAAUCACAUUAAACUUCUCUAGCCUUUCUGUAACUAAACAAUCUUGAAGAGAAAUAAAGCAGGAUAUAAACACGCAAUCAAUGAAAUCUUUUAAUUCUCAGCUCCUGUCCCAGUUUCCUUCAAUCUCUGAAAGCUGUCCUCUCUAACCCCUCCCACAUGGCGCCGCCUGCCUGCCUGCCUGCCUGGUGAAUAAUUGACGAGCUCUCCCUCCUCUUUUCCGUCCUCUGCCAUUGUCGCGUCGCUCGUCGGGUUCUCCGGCCGUGACAGGCCGCCCUCCCCCGCCUCCAUCAUGUCCAGUUUCCACCUGCUGCUGGGCGGAUGGUGACAAACGGACCGGGAGCAGCUGCUGAUCUCUCUGGAGUCAUGAGGGACUUCCUGUUCGUCCUCCUGCUGGUCGCAGAGUCGUCCUGCGUGUUUCUGAACUGGACUUGUGAUCGAAGCUGCGUUUGCCAUGGAGACCUUAAGUUCACCACCUGCUCGCAUGAUGACCUCACCCAGCUUCCCGUCAAGGUCCCGCCCUCCACCGAACUCCUGGACCUGUCCAACAACCUCAUCUCCGUCGUCCCCAAACACGUCUUCAGCAGCAACCGCAAGCUGAGGGUUCUGCUGCUGCAGAACAACAACAUCAGCCUGGUGGAGGACGGCGGCUUCGCCCAGCUGGAGUUCCUGCAGAAGCUGGACCUGAGCUGGAACCGGAUCUCCUUCCUCACAGAGGGAUUCUCCGUCGGCCUGACCUUCCUGCGGGAGCUGCAGUUGUCCCACAACCAGCUGACCGGCCUGGACAGUCGGAGUUUCCUCCACCUGGACGGCUUGCAGAGGUUAAACCUGACCAACAACAGCAUCCAGAGCAUGGAGGUGAGGUCGUUCUCCUCCAUGAGCAGCCUGCGCCAGCUCCACCUGCAGGACAACCAGCUGACGUCUCUGCGGAGCGGCACCUUCUCUAUGCUGCGCUCCCUGGAGGUCCUCAACCUCGCCGGCAACCAGAUCCAUGAGAUGGAGUUAGCGGUGUUCAACCCGCUCACCAGCAUGACCUUACUGAACCUGGCAGACAACCAGCUGUCCACCGUCUGCUUCAAGACCUUCCUGAACAUCCACACCUACAGCACCCACAUCCUGCUGCAGGGAAACCCCUGGAACUGCGACUGCGAGCUGCAGAGGGUUUUCCGGAAGCUGCGCAGCAUCCAGAGGAUCUUCCUGGACGACUACUACAACCUGACCUGCAGGGAGCCGUCCGUCCUGCACAACCACCGGCUGAUGGAGGUGGACACCGAGCUGUGCAUUGCUGAGACCGUCACCGUGCUCAUCAUCACCAUCACCGUGGUGAUAACCGUGCUGGCCGCCAUGCUUAUGGGCGAGAGGAAGAAGAAGAAGAGGAGGAAGGGGCUGCACUGGACGCAGCAGAGGGAAUUCUCAGAUGACUCGGAUUUCUGAAGCAAACUGGUUUAUUUUCCUGGAAACUGUUGCUGGAUGUUCAUUUACACCUAAAGUGAAACUCAGCGGUAUUUGUUUGCCUUGAACUCUUGCUAAUGCCGGUUCUUACAUGGACAAGCCCCUCCCUCGGCGUUCUCCUAACCAAUCACAAUACAAGAAAUCUAAAUUCUUGGGGGGUCAAAGGGCAGUGCAACCCUGCAGAGAGCCUGUAAAAUAAUCUCCAUAUUCAUCCAGACUGAACAGAAACACCUUUCAAAACAGAGCUGAUACUGUAGGACGAUAUGGAUUUAUUUUGUGAUAUUAAUGUGAUAACGAUAAAAAUUAUGAUUAAAAAACUAGUUUUCUACACAGGAUAUUGUUCUUGAAAACAUUCUCAUUUGUAAUAGACUUAUUCAGAACAUAACUGACUUAAAAUGUGUGAUUCAUUUCACUAUAAUUCACUCAAUAAAUGCAUUUAAUUGUACUUUUGAAUUUACUCAUAUUUAUUGAUAUUCUUGUUGAACAAAAAGUGGAGAAAAUAGCAAAAAAUAACAUUUCUGAUCAUGUCCAUGUGUUCACUUAAUCAGUGGAGUUUGUGGCUCCACCGUGAAAACUUUCCAAGUUGUAUGAGUGGAUUCUGGUUCCCUCUGCAGGUGAAGAGGACUCACUGCAGCUAGAGAUCAUCUGAUGUCACGAGGUCAUUUGCUUUAAGCAGCUGGGUGUGGUUGUGCAGGUUUCCUGCAGGUUUCUGACGCCCUCCAGGAACAUUUCCUUUUCACAGAAAUCAGGAAUGGCCACAGACCUGUUUCCACGCCUUUGCUUGGAGUCUAGACCAUGCUCUUAUGUAGGAGUUAAAUACAAAUGAAGUUGUGAAAUAUAUGCAAAACGUCUCGAAAUAGAUCUGUUUUCAUACACUUAAAAAAAUCUAUUGCUAAGAAACUCACUUUUAGUGAUUUAAUAACUUAAAGAUUUCGGUGAUUAUCGUCUGUGAAAUAACAUUUAGAAAGAAAACCGGAUUAAAAUUAAAUUAAACCGAAUUUGUGUUUUUCUUACACGGUAAAACUAAUUUACGGUGUAAAUUGCCAGUAUUUUCGGAGAUACUGACAAUAAAACCGUUUUGUUUCAUUGUGACUAUGAAGCUGUCUGUGUAUAUUUUAUGCUUAUUGUCAUUAAACAUUUUCUCCCAUUGA